GCGCUGGCUUGACAACCAGGAUGGCAUCCACCGGCAUGCAGAUAUUUGGAUUUGUCCUGGCGCUGCUGGGCAUCAUGGGGGCAACGGUGGCCACUCUGUUGCCCAACUGGAAAGUCAGUGCGGAUGUGGGCUCCAACAUUAUCACAGCAAUCUCCCAGAUGCAGGGACUGUGGAUGGACUGCACUUGGUACAGCACCGGCAUGUUCAGCUGCACACUUAAGUAUUCAGUGCUUUCACUCCCUGCGUACUUGCAGACUGCUCGCACCACCAUGGUGUUGUGCUGUGUACUGGCUGCCAUGGGCCUCUGCCUUGCAUCCCUGGGACUAAAAUGCACCCGCUGGGGAGGUGGACGGCGCUCCAAGCGGCAUGCUGCAAUUGCCAGCGGUGGCUGCUUCGUCGCUGCAGGUUUUCUGUGUCUGGUGCCUGCUUCUUGGUUUACAAACGAGGUCAUCACCAACUUUCUGGAUUCCAGCGUUCCUGAGAGCAAUAAGUUUGAGCCCGGGGGUGCGGUGUACGUGGCCUUUGUUUCAGCAGGUUUCCUUUUUGUAGGGGGGUCGAUCUUCUGUUUGUCCUGCUCGGGGAAGAGGCACGGCCCUCAGGACUUGGUUCUUCUUCCUCCCCCUGACAAAUUGCUGCUCCAGCAGCAGCAGCAACAGCUACUCCAACAGCAGGAGCUCCAGCACCAGUACUGCUCUCUCUCUCCAUUAGACAAUAAAACAGGCUACAGCCUGCAGGAUUAUGUGUAAAAGAGCGUUGCUCUGUGUGCUACCAACGGCUAAAGGAAGACAAGCUUGAGGGGAAACCAUCACAUGCUACACACUGGAUUUUACUCCAGACAGAGGUGGAGAAAAGAAAAAAGAGAGGGAGGGCAACAACACUAAAUUAAUUUCUCGUCUUUUCUAUCUUGCUUGUCUCCUUUUUUGUCUCCUGUUCUGCAAGCACAAGCAGUGGAGGUAUUCCCUAAGCAGCGCCCUGGAACAAACAGGGAGAAUGUUUAAGGAGCCAGGAUAUGCC